AUGUCACUUCCAUUUCAGGUGCUGGAGGAGGCUAAUCAGCCCUUCCUGGAGAGCUGCCGUCACGGUGACUUGGCCCAAGUUAAGAAACAUCAGGAGGCCAAGGCUCUAGACCGAGAGGUUCUGACUAUGGGCUUGAGGGAAGCUGCCCAGGGCGAUCACAUCGACACUAUGCGUCAUCUACUAAACGCUGGCGCCAAGCCCCAGUCUCCCAGCGUCGUGGAUGAAGUACACUCGGCUGAGGCAGUCAAGGUCUUGCUAGACCACGGUCUCACUUUUGAGGCUCGGCUAUACCCCCUUAAUACAGUGCCACUUGUGUGGACACAUAAGAAGAACGACCAACGGCUCGUUCACUGGUGCCUUGAACAAGGUGCCGACCCCACCUUCGGCUGCCCGAAUGCCCAGUCAUUCAAUGACCUUGAGAAGCCUGAUCGGUCUCCUACGAAGGGCUCAGGGGCAGUCCUUGGUAUGGCGUCCCGUCGAAGUAGCCCAGUGAUUGUUGACCUUCUUCUUGAACACGGUGCCAAUAUCCGCACCAGUAAUGUGUUACAUUAUGCUGCAUGUAGGAAGGAUGGACGAGCCAUACCAAUCAUGGAGCACCUGCUACAUCGUGGGGCCGACGUGAAUGAAUUUGGCUAUCCUGAAUUUCUACAUCUCGGCGGCACUCCCCUUCAUGCGGCCAGCUAUCAAGGAAAUCUCCCGGCCGUGAACUGGCUCCUGGAGCAUGGUGCAAACCCCGGCGUGGAAGACGCCCAAGGUAAUAAGCCGCUUGAUCUGGCAGCUUUAUAA